GCUGGGGUCCAUUCCUGGGGCAGUGGAAAGGGGAAGAGAAUGUUUGUGGAACACUUAGCUGAAGAGCGACUGUAAGCAUGAUGGCUCCAUGUCAGGAUGCACUUACAAAACAACAAGAAAGCCUGAAAAAGCACCGAAACUUUCUUGCUUACCGAAUGAACAAACUGUCAGCGAAGAAAAUGGACUUGAGUAAGAAGACAGCAGCGCUGAAAGAAAAGAUAAAGAUGAAGUAUGAUGACAUCAAACGUGUGCUAGAUGAGGAUCUAGGAAUCACACUGUGCCAGUUAGACAUGGAAGAGGAGGCCAUGGAAAGGACCAUUGAGGAGAACAUAGAGAGAUGUUACCACCUAACCCAGGACCUGGACCAGCAGCUGGCUGAGAUCUCCAUACAGCUGGACAUGAAAAUCAGCCAUGACCAGGUGUCAGAAACAGAAGGAAGGAUAAUGGAGACUCUGACAACCACAGAUCCAGAGCUCGUCCAGAUGGAUGAGGUUAAAAAUGAGCAGCUGCUCAGUUUAACCAUGAACUUACUGCUAUUCAUCCGCUCACAAGUCCCUGUUACGAAAAAACUCUUCCAGACCUAUGCCCAGGAAGUGGUUUUAAACCCUGAUUCCGCUCACCCAAAGCUCAUCAUUUCCCCUGCUGGAGACUGUGCUACGUACACAGACACCUGGCAGGAGGUUGCGGAGAACCCCUCCCGCUUUGACACCAUCCUAAAUGUGAUAAGCCAAGAGGGUUUCAAAGAAGGACGCAACUACUGGGAGGUGCAGGUCAGUGGGAAAACAUACUGGGAAGUGGGACUUACCUAUCCCAACAUUCCCAGGAAGGGUCAUGAGGAAGACUGCUGGCUGGGCCGUGGGCCCGAGUCCUGGUGUGUGGAGUAUUUCAAUGGUGACUAUACAGCAUGGCACAAAGGGGUGCCCUAUCGCCUAUCCCACGUAACUGGAAAGAACUUUGAGCGCAUUGGGAUCUUCUCAACCUUUUAUGGGGGCCUCUUAUGUUUCCUGGGGGCAGACACCAUGACCCCGCUAUUCAGUUUUUGUGCAGGCAUGUUCACAGACACACUUCAUCAGGCUGUCUGUCCAGGCCAUGACAAUCAGGGGACCAACUGGAAAUCACUGCUGAUUUGCGACGCCUCCAGGUCUGCUCCUAUUUUAUGAUGCAGGUCCAGAGGAGGCAAGACAGAAGAUCAUAUAAAAAACUGCCUUGUAUGUUAAAGCUGUUUGAAGCUAUAUGUGAAAGAGGUAGAAAAUGCUGACAAAAUAAUGACAGAGCACACAAAGAUGUAUUUAUUGACUUAAUACAACAAAGGCAUUUCAAAGGCAAUUUCAACAAAAUUCAGCCAUUCAGCCCAACAUCCUCUAUCUAUCUAUCUAUCUAUCUAUCUAUCUAUCUAUCUAUCUAUCU